AUGGUUGGCACACAUUCGCAACUACUCAAGGAUCCUAAGGGUGUAUACUCUCAGCUUAUACGUUUGCAAGAAAUGAACAGAGAUUCAAAACGACGACAUGGUGCGGAUGAGAAACAGUCAAGAAAACGAAUGCCAGUCAUGUGUCCCUCCCUAAGCCAGCCACCGGUCAUCAGCCACUCGCACUCUGGCUCUGGCGGCUCAUUGCUUGGUCUGAAAACAAUAAUUAAUAAUGAAUUCCAUGAAACUGCAGACCCUAAAGACUCAAUAGGGCAGCUGGAAACAUCAGAAAAGCCUCCUACAAUAUUAACCCAGUUGGGUCGCCUCGCCUAUCUCAACAAGCCUGAAAUACCAAUGUUGAUAGUGGGAUCUAUAUCUGCUAUCAUCAACGGUGUGAUGUAUCCAGUGUUUGGCAUAUUAGUUUCUAGUGUGGUGAAGACAUUCUAUGAGCCACCACAAGAGCUGAAGAAACAAUCAAAAUUCUGGGCACUAAAUUUUGUAGCCAUUGGAGUGUUGUCAUUACUGGCAUAUCCAACAAGGACAUACUUUUUUGCUGUGGCCGGGGGUAGGUUAAUAAGACGAAUUAGAUUGAUGUGCUUUGAAAAAGUGGUCAACAUGGAGGUCGGUUGGUUUGACGAGGCCGAGCAUUCAAGUGGAGUGAUUGGUGCAAAACUUUCUGUCGACGCAACUACCCUGCGCGCUUUAGUUGGAGAUGCACUCGCACAGAUGGUUCAAAAUGUUGCAUCAGGAAUUGUAGGUUUGACCAUUGCUUUUGAAACAAGUUGGCAGUUGGCACUUAUAAUCCUCACUUUGAUACCUUUGGUCGGAGCAAAUGGAUAUGUUCAAAUGAAAUUUUUGGAGGGCUUCAGCGCAGAUGCAAAGGUUUGCUUACUAAACAAAUUUGUUUUAUUAAAAGAAAAGCAACCAAAGAUCGAUGACAUGCCAAAAAAAAAAAAAAUUAAUUAA